CGUGUUUGGAUUCGGCACGCGCGACCCUAGCUUGUACUGCUGCACCCCUCUUUCCAAGGCGCUAAAAUCGCACAUUUUCUCGCGUCUUAGAAAUUGUGCAAUGCGCGCGUGCAUGCCGACGAGGACCAGGCACCAGAGGGGCACAAGGGAACCAAAACCAACAAUAUCGUCUAAUGCGCGCCGUUUCCCUCAUGGGACGGGCCCGCCCGACUCUGCUCGUCGCCAUCGAUCGAUUCUCUUUCGCGCCACCAUCUCUGCUCCUCAAUCCCUCUCCUUCCCUUCUCUUCCAGCCUCCGCUCUCGGUCUCUCCCUUCCUUCCACUCUUUCAACCUCCCCCUAGGCUCCAUUGCUCUUUUUCAGCCCGCUCGCGAAAAUGAGGUCGUCUGCUGUCGCUCUCGUUGCUCUUGCCGCGGUGACCCAAGUCUGGGCGAACUCUCCCGCGCCCACUCCGGCCCUCGAAAAGCGCCAGGCGUUCCCAAGCGGUCUUGAUGUCUCUCAGAUUGCGGCCAACCCUUCGUCUUUCUUGUCCGAGGCAUCUAAGCUUCUGACGAUCCCCGCCGCGGCUUCCGUCUUCUCCUCGGUGACGGCCGAUCCGGCCUUUGCCUCUUCGCUUAGCGAGGCUCUCGUCUCCCAGUACGGCAGCUCCACGGCUAAUUCGUACCUCUCUUCGGCAUACAAGGAGCUCGCUUCCGUCACCUCGAGCGCCGCAUCGGCCCAGAGCACGACUUCGCAAUCGUCGAGCAGCAGCUCCAACUCCAACUCGGCUCCUUCGUCGAUUGUGCCCACCGUUGCCCUGAGCGCAGUCGCUGCUGCUGGCGUUGCUCUGCUUUUUGCUGCUCUCUGAGACGUAGUAUCUGCAGCCUGUUCUCUUAACGCUGUCUCUGUCUCCGGCCUUCUGAGUCAGUGAAUCAUGAGUCGAGGGCCAUCAUAUCCUCUCCUCCCCCCCACGCUCCUUUGCAUACCUCUCCUUCCCCCAUAUGACCCUUUCUUUUUCUACUCGUUGGAUGUACCGGUCUGCAUCCCUUCACACUCUACCCUUACCCCUCUGGUUUUUGAAGUCUUCUUGGUCCGUUAUGGAAUGGAAUGUGUGCUUUCCCUGCCAUGC